AUUCGUUGAAGGGGCCGCCGCUGAGUCAACGCGGCUCAUCUCUUCUCUCCUCUAGCUCCUCGUCAACUCCGGUCUUCCAUUUCCUGGCUGAGAAACACAGAAAUCCAAUAUCUGUUCCGGUUGACUGCUGCUCCGAAUUCUGGUCUAUCACCGGAAAUCUUAAAUGGCGGUAAAAACUGUUAAAGUUUGUAAUAUUUCGCUGCGCGCAUCUGAGCGAGACAUCAAGGAGUUCUUUUCUUUCUCUGGUGACAUUGAAUAUGUUGACAUGCAGAGCGAUACUGAACAAUGUCAAGUUGCAUAUGUUACCUUUAAGGAUUCUCAGGGAGCAGAAACAGCUAUUCUUCUUUCAGGGGCAACUAUCAUAGAUAUGCCAGUCAGUGUGAUGUAUGACCCUGAGUACCAGGUUCCUCCUCAAGUUGCGACACCUGAGGUAAAGCCAACUGCAAAGACAAGUGCACCAGAAACUGCCCUUAGAAAAGCGGAGGAUGCCAUUACCAGCAUGCUUGCAAAGGGGUAUGUCCUGGGCAAAGACGCUGUAGGAAAGGCCAAGUCUUUUGACGAGAAACACCAGCUGACAUCCUCAGCAUCUGCCAAAGUUGCCUCCUUUGACAAGAAAGUCGGCCUCAGCGAGAAACUGACAGCUGGCACGGCCAUCGUGAACAGCAAAGUCAAGGAAGUGGAUCAGAAGCUCCAGGUUUCGGAGAAAGCAAAGUCUGCAUUCGGGGUCGCCGAGCAAACCAUGAGCAAUGCGGGGUCUGCCAUCAUGAAGAACCGGUACGUGCUGACUGGGACGACUUGGGUGGCGGGCACCUUCAGCAAGGUGGCCAAAGCCGCGAGCGAGGUCGGGCAGAAGACAAUAGAGAAAGCGGGGAAAGUGGAGGAUGAGAACCGCCAGAAGAUGGUCAGCGAAUUCGCUCAGGUCCACUUGUCUGAAUCUGAAUCUGAAUCCCCCACAAAGGCAUCACCUGAAGAGACUCAAGAGAGUGAACAUCACCAACCUGCUUCCAAGCCUCCAACAACAGAGCCACAAGGUUUGAUCCUCUGACACUAUUCUUCUGUUACUGUCAUUCUAUCAGAGUGCAAACCACCAUACCAAAAUGAAAUAGGUACACUGAACAAUUUUUUUUUUUUGAAAUUUUGGGAUGAUUGCAUAUAUACAUCAUUUGUAUGUGGGGGAAUUGAAGUUUGGUUUUGUAUUGGAGGCUGUUGGAUUUUAUUAAUGGGUGCUCUAAGGAUCAAACUUCAUCCUUAGGCCCAAGAACAGUAAUAAAAAUAUGUAGGUCUU